ACGUGAACGCCCCGUUGUAGUCUAAUUGAACUACAAGUCCCGUGUCUCCCCGCUCUGGUCGUCAAGUCGGGUAGUGUGCUGGAUUUGGUUUUGAACGUCAGGACUGAGCGGGAGUGUGUCACUGGAUUGGAUUUAAUCAGUACAGCAGUGUUGUGGUGUGUCCCGAUGGCGACAGACAUUGUUGCGCAGUUGGCCGACUCUCUGGCCAAGACUGGAGUGGAGGAAGGAGAGCUGAGCUACAAAGGCCAGGGAAGAAAGCUGGAUGAUGCCCAAUCAGUGGAGGAGAUAGUGAAGGAGAUCCGGGACUUCGAGGGUUUGCAGGCUCUAAGGUUGGAGGGAAACACUAUAGGUGUGGAGGCAGCACAGGCCAUCGCCAAGGCCCUAGAGACAAAGAGCGAGUUCAAGUGCUGUUAUUGGAGUGACAUGUUCACAGGUCGCCUGCGCUCUGAGAUCCCGCCCGCUCUGAAUUCACUCGGUGACGCUCUGAUGUUGGCAGGUGCCAGGUUGACUGUUUUAGACCUCAGUGACAACGCCUUUGGACCAGAUGGGGUGAAGGGCAUUGAGAACUUGCUCAAGAGCACCGCCUGCUACACAUUGCAGGAGCUACGGCUCAACAACUGUGGCAUGGGCAUCGGAGGGGGGAAGAUCUUGGCUGCUUCAUUGAGCCAGUGCCACAAAAAAUCCAGUGCAGAGGGCGCCCCUCUCAGCCUGAAGGUGUUUGUUGCGGGGAGGAACCGACUGGAGAACGAUGGAGCCACCGCCCUCGCUCAAGCCUUCCAGUUGAUGGGCAGCCUGGAGGAGGUCCACAUGCCCCAGAAUGGCAUAAAUCACCCUGGUGUGACAGCCCUGGCCACAGCCAUGCAGCACAACACAGGCCUCCGCAUCCUCAACCUCAAUGACAACACCUUCACUGAGAAGGGGGCUAUCGCCAUGGCUCAGGCCCUGAAACACCUACGCAGCAUCCAAGUGAUAAACUUUGGAGACUGUCUGGUACGGCCAGCAGGAGCCAUAGCUAUUGCAGAAAGUGUAUCAGAGGGACUACCAAUCCUCAAGGAACUCAAUCUGUCAUUUGGAGAGAUUACAGAGGAAGCUGCUCUGGCUGUGGCACAAGCAGUAAAGGACAAGGACCAGCUGGAGAAACUGGACCUAAAUGGUAACUGUCUAGGAGAGGAUGGCUGCAAAGCUCUGAAAGACUCCAUGGAAGGCAUGAACAUGGGCGAGCUUCUAGGAUCACUCAGUGACGAUGAGGGUGAGCCAGAAGAUGAUGAUGAGGACGACGAUGAAGAUGAGGAAGAGUAUGAUGAUGAAGUGGAUGAGGAGGAAUUAGAGGAGGAGGAGGAGGAAGAAGAGGAGGAAGAAGAAAGCACUGGCGUCAAGUUGUCCACCCCUGCAUCAGCACCCCGGCCGCCAGACGUCUCCUCCUUCCUCAGCUUUCCGUCCCCAGACAAACUGCUCAAACUUGGGUCCAAGAGAGCGUUGCUGAUCGAGCAGCAGGUGGAUGUGUCAGAUGCUGCAAAAACAGCUGAAGCCUUCCUCAAGAUUGCAUCUGUGUACAAGGAGGAGAAUAAUGAUGUAAAGAAUGCAGUGUUGGACAGCAUUGAUGCCCUUCUGAAGAAAGCUUUUGCCACUCCUUCCUUCCAAGGCUACAACUUUGUAUCAUCUUUGUUAGUGCUGCUCGGGCUUCUCAAGAGUGAGGACAAGGUGAAGCCUGUGCUCGUGGUUCCCGGCCACCUCCACACCUUGGAGCAUGUUGUUCGACAGGACUACUUCCCCAAAGAGAACGUGGCUGUGCUGGAGGCCUUCAUGUCCCGAAACAACAAGACCCUGGAGUCAUGUGGCAAUGCCAGAAACAGCCUCCAGUCAACACUGCAGAGAGUCACGUCUGAGAGCUGAGGACUGUGGAUUCUCACUCGCAGACCGAACUUUCACUGAUCACUGAUGGACCUUUUAGAAACCAGCACACAUGAGCACAAAUCUGAAGCAUAUAAAGCAGAGUAGCACUUAUGAAGAAAUGACUACACUCAGACGCACAUCGCUGUGUCACCGCUGUCCUUCACAAGCUCAGCAACACAACUCUUUCUGGACUCUGGACUGGACUUGAAUGCUUUGUGUUUUGAAAUAGACAAUACUCUUAUGGUGUGGAUUAGCUGAAAUACUUCAUGUACACUCAUAAAACCACAGGACAGCACUGACGACUUGUUCUUUAUGCUCUUUGUAUUCUGGUGAAUAAGAAAAGGCCUCAUUCCCCACAUAACCUAAGAUCUGUGCGCUGCCUCCUGGUUAGUGACACCUGGCUGACUGAAGAUCAGAUUACACUUUGCUGCAAACUAGAAAAGCUCUGACCAGAAUUGAUCUGGACCCGAAGCGUCAGCUAUUGUACAUUUUCUAUUUCAUAUCUACCUUUUAAUAUUCUGUUCGUUUUAUAUUAAAUGUUUAUUUCGCCAUAUUAUUCAGUGAUAUGGUCAAACAAUGAUGUUACUAAAAUAUGUACUGACUGAAAAAUACUAUCAAAAUAAGAGUGUAAAGUACAAUAGAACAAUCAAAAGGGAUGAAAUAAGUAAAUGUAUUUCCUGCCUUUAAUGAGGCACAAGGUUUUUGGAUUAGUGUUGCGGAAAUAAAGCUGAUUUGAGUGUU